UAUCAACGUUCUAUAAAAACGACACCAGACAAUUCAAUGAAAUGUCUUUUCCCGCCUCCAAGUUCCAGCCAGCUUUCUGCUCUGACACCGGAAUCCGAGGCCAGCCCGGCCAGCGGUCCUCGCCGCUGUCCUUCCCACCAUCUUAAAGGCACUGCGAGGUGGCACCGGAUUUUCUCUGCACUGGGCAAGGACUCCGCCUAGGGCUUAGGACACGCCCGGUUCUCCCCGCCUCCGAUGGAUGAAAACUAGCCCUGGCGGUGGCAGGUCCGCCGAGGAGCGUCGCCCGGCCCAGUCGGUCGUGACAACAGCCGGCCGCAGGGGCACCUCGCCCCGCGGCGCCCGCCUCCCGCCGGCGCGCUCAGCUCCUCCUCCCGCCCGCGCGUCUCGCUCGGCGCGGACCAGGCGGCCGGUGGCGAUCCGCACCCCGCAGGGCGAGGAGCCCCCGGCUGCCCAAGGAAGGAGGGUGCCUCGGCGGCGUACAGCCCCGGGGUGUGGGCGCGGGGACCUGGCGGGGCCGGCGAUGCCGCGGCUGGACCGAGGGCACUGAGCACCCGCCGGCCCGGCAGCACCAUGCCUUUCCCGCCCGUGCCGCCGCCGCCGCCCACCCCCGCCCCGGGGGUCCCGGCCGCGCGGCCGCCGCCGCCCCGGAAGCCCGGCGCACCCCGCAAGGCGCCCGCGCCCCCCUGCGCCCCGCCCGGGCCCUCGCCGCCCGCCGCGGCCGCGGAGAAGAAGAGGCGGCCCCCCGAGCGGCCCCAGGGGCUGCUGUCCAGCUCCUGGCCCUCCGCCACCCUGAAGAGGCCGCCGGCCCGCCGCGCCCCCGGCCCGGCCUCCCCGCGCGCCCUGCCCCCGGCCGCGCCCGGCCGCCCGCGCGCCCCCGCCCCGUGCGCGCCCCGGCCGGCCGGCUGCGGCGACGGCCCCGCGGGGAGCACGGCCUCGGCGGCCGGGCCCGACGCCGCCCGGCGCUUCUCCCUGAGCCUCACGCCCGAGGCCGUCCUGGUCAUCCAGCGGCGCCACCUGGAGAGGCAGCUGCUGGCGCGGCCCCGCCGGGCGCCCCCCGCAGCCUCGGCCGACGCCGGGCGCCCGCUCGGCCCCUGCCUCCCCGCCCGGGCCGCGGGCCUCGGCCGCCGCCCGCCCCCGCCCGGCGCCCUGCGGGGCCCCGACCCCGGCCCGAGGCCCGCCGACCUGCGCCCGCUGCUCAAGGUGUCGCUGCUCAACGACCGGCACAAGUACGACGACGUGGAGUACGAGGAGGAGGCCGCGGCCGCCGACGAGGGCCUGGUGCGCAAGUGCACCGAGUGGCUGCGCGGCGUGGAGUCUGCGGCCGCCGCGCGCGACCGAGCCCGGUCCCUGGACGCGCUGCCGCACCUGAGCACCCUGUGACCGCGCGCCCGCCUCCGGACCCGCCGACGGCCACCGCGCACCUCCGGCCUCCUGUGAGCCAGGGGCCCGCCUCGCCCCGACCCCGCGGACCAUCUGCCCGGGGCGGGAGCCAGCCGCCGACCUCGCCCUCUGCCACGCCGGGGCCUCCACCCCGCAGGUCUGCCUUCCGCACCAUCUGGCCUCUUUGGCGGCCACCCGUGUCCUUGGCGAUCGUGGGGGUGGGAGCGCAGCGGAGAAAAUGCCUCUCGGCCCCACGGGUCCCGGAGACCCCUUGCCGGGAGCAGGCCCCUGUCGUUGGUUGUCGCCUGUGGGUGUUGGGUUCGGGCUGCUCUGGUCGGAGCAGCGGGUGACAGGCAGGUGUGGGGGGACCAGGAGGGUGGCCGUCUGGUACAGAACUGGACACGGUGCUGCAUUUAUGAUUUUGUUUCUCCUAAGUAGACACCAUAUCUCUGGAAAGUCUGCAGACCCAAGGAAACGUUAACUCCCCACUGGGAAGGGCGAGGGUCCUGGCCGCCGGGAAGGUCGGCCUGAGUGGGCGCUGUGGUGGGGACAGUGCGCUGUGGUCACAGCCCUGACUCGCUGGGCUUGCAGCUCCUCGGGCCCUCCCCACCCCCACUUUCACAAACACACACACAUGCCUAUACUCACACGGGGUUACCCUCAAGCACACACACGCAUGCUCUCAGCUCUCACAGUCGCGUCCUUGCGCUGUCAAAUGCACCCUUAAACACACUCACGCUUAUACACACACACCCCGUAGUCUUUCUGAAGCACAGCUGCAGCAGUUGUGUUCAGCUCUCCAGUAAGGUGUGAGCAGGCGUGUGGCUCAGCUUCUGGAAAAGGCAUUGUCCUUAUUUGAAGUGCUGCUCACAAACUGUCUUUUGUGCUCCAGAAAGGACGGGUAGCCAGAGGGAGAGGGGAAAAUGCAGACGGUUGUACCCAGACCCAGAACAGGACGUUCCAGCCAGAGGCCGGUUCUAUGGGGAGGCGGGGUGCGGGGUAGAUGUGUGUGUGCUUUCAGCGGUUUUAAUCACUGUGUGAAAUCAGUGACGUGGUGGCUUUGUCCAGCUGUAUAUAGUGAUUAUUUAAAUGUCUAUUUAUUAUUUGAAUAAAGGGUAAACUCCUCUGCCUUUUAGGGGUCACACUCUUCCCCACUAACUCCAGGCUGACUUCUAGAUGUUUCCUCCUUGCCUGAGUAUAUGUGACUCUAAGGGCGAGAAGGGGAAAAUGUUAGAAUCAGACACAGCUGGUUCUAGAAGAGUGUAAUGUAUUACCUCAAUUUUUCACUUAUUUUGUAAAAGUAACUAAGGUUUAUCUCGUUUGACUUUAAUGUGUCGUCUUAAUUGUAUUUUACAUUGAAGCCUUACAUUUUUAAAAAACCAUUUUUGUAUUUUUCUUGUGGCGAUCCUUGCUCUAAUCUCCGUAUCGGGUGCUAGGCACAAAUUUAGUUAAGACCUGAAGUUUCUCCUUUGGCGGGAGCUGCAUCAAUCACCAGACGGGAUGCAAAAGCAACCCCCAGCCACUGAAUAGCUUGUCUUUCCUGCCACCUGUUUCAGUGCAGAGAGCUGGGUUGUCUUUCACUUUACAUGAGUAUGUUAAUACCAGAGAGGCAAAGUCAGCAACAGAGCAGAGGUGAAAUUAAGACACGUGCCUGUCGGAGUUCCCUUUGUGGCUCAGCAGUUAACAAAUCCAACUAGAAUC